AUGUUCCUCCAGGUAUGCACCAUGUCUGACAUUGUGACUGCUGAUGGCAGGUUUAUUCGUCGCUCUGCAUGGAAUGGGCUCAGGGAUGAGUGCUGCCGCUCGCCAUACCAAUGGCCACAAACAGUUUGCCCAACAAGGCAACACUGGGACCUGUGGCAGACCACCUUGUCCAGAGCCCUGCUUGCCUCCAACGGGCCACAUCACCCACUACAACAGCCCUUGGGGCCAUGGACUGACCGUCUGGAGGACUGGAAUUGGUUGCUAUCACCCCCACAGGUCUUUUCCACCGCCAUGGGGCAACCUGGAAACACUUUUGCUCUGAGGGCUCCCCCACCACGUCACGUCGCUACGCACCAGGGCCGAUCUGACAGGGUUCUUCUCACCGGUACUGGCCGUGCCUCUGAACCGUCUUCUCCCUCCAGCCCAUCCAUCCUUCACGCGUGGCAAAUGGCUGCCAAGCUCUGUACCGACUAUUACGGGUGGGUCCCCGAUGACAUCAAGGUUCAUGGUGACAAAGCCAUCUUAGCUGCUGCUCUGUUGGACGGUCGCCUGUGUGCGAUCAGCGAUGGAUCCUUCAAGAAGGAAUUGGGGACUGCGGCGGUUCAACUCCUGGUGAAGCAUGGAGGAUGCCAUCGAAUCAUCAUCCGGUGUCAGACUCCCGGUUUGCCCCAGGACCAGAGUCCAUACCGCAGCGAGCCCAUUGGUCUGUUGGCCUGUAUAAUGGCGGUCGAUUGGCUCCUUGAGCAAUGGUCCCCAAACAUUUUGACUGGCCCCAAGGUGCGGAUUGCUUGUGAUGGCCUUUCUGCUAUUGAGAUGGCUUUUGAAGAUCGUCCACUGUCUCCAACUGAUGCCCAGUUUGACUUGGUAUCGUCCAUUUGGGAAGCUCUCCUUCGGUCCCCAGUGGAUUGGGCGCCCCAGCACGUGUAUGGUCACCUCGACAAGUCCAAUCUCUUUGAUGAACUUUCUUGCUGGGAGAAACGGAACCUUGAGGUGGAUGGAAUGGCGGUGGAGUACUGACUACAAAGGUGGUCUACUAAACAUUGUGUGGGCGUGUGCGGCACAGGCAAAUUUAAAGUUCUAUGGGGUCUGGAGAAAUCAGCAGCUUGCCCACGCUGCGGCGACUUUGGGGAUCAUCUGCAUGUUCCCCGCUGCCGAGCCGCUUUGGCCACAGCUGAAUGGGAUUGUUGCACUGCCUCUGCAUUGAAAGGCAAGUCAACAAGACCAACUCCGAAGAAGAUGUACAACAACUUCUUCAGUCCACCAGAGGAAUUAUAUCCGCACAAUCGAUCUACUACCGUCUGUAUUGAUCACAUGGAGAUCGAGAAUGCUAAGUUUCUCACCUGCAUUGAUACCACUGUGCGUUAUUGCUCAUGUAUUCCCGUGCAGAACCUGAAGACUGACCCUGUAUUUGAAGCAUUGGAUAAGAUAUUCCGCCGCUACAACAAGGCAGGCUUUCAAGUCAAGAUCAUCAAGUGUGAUCGGGCAUUCAUUCCUCUCACGGAUGAUAUGCUAGACAAUAUGGGUGUUACUAUUGACCCGACUGCAGCUGGAGACCACGAGCCUACCGCUGAGCGAAACAAUAGGACGUUGAAAGAAAGAGUCAGAGUAGCUCUUGCACGAUUACCCUACAAAGUGGUUCCAAAAGUGAUCACUGAAUGUCUUGGACGUCGAGCCGCCAAGCUAUUGAAUGUCUUUCCCCAGAAAGACAGUAUCUCAUCACAUUUCAGUCCGCAGCAACUCAUUGAUAAUGUCAAUAUCAACUACAAGAGUGACAUGGUUGCUGAACUUGGACAAUAUGUUCAUGCAAUUGGGACGGAUUCCAGCAAUUCAAUGGAACCCCGAAGUAUCAAAGCAAUUUACAUUGAACCUACAAAGGGACAAUGUACUGGGCACCGAGUGCUCAACCUCAAUACUAAGAAGAUGAUUUCCCGACCCAAGGUCGUUGUACUACCCGUUACCAAUCAAGUAAUCCAGCGUGUUGAAGCUUGGGCUGCUGCCAAAGGUGUUACUUCCAUGAAGUUCUUUGAUAAGAAGAGAGACUUGGAGACAUUUCAAGAUGGCAAUCAAAUUGCAGGAGUGGAUGAUAUGGAACAAGGUUACUUAGAAGAAGCCUUUGAUCAGGACUAUGAACCUGAAGAUGAAGAUGAACGUGAUUUCAACCUACAUGGACAAUUUAAUGAUAUUGAUGACUCGGAAAGAGAAGAGCUCUUGGGAGAUGCAGAGAAUGAUGUUGAUGAUAUGCCAGAACUCACUGUCAGAUUCCGUAGAGAUGAUGACCAUGAAUCAGACGACAAUUUGGGUGAUGAAGGCAAUGAAGAGGAAGAACCUACUGUGGCCGAUUUGGAUCACCAUCAAGAAAAUGUCGAUAGAGGAACCGAUGAUAUUGGGAGCCUUGUUACUGAUCUGGAGGACCUACAAGAACCACCAGAAGAAGAGAUUGUAUUUGAGCCUGAAACGCCUCAAAUAGCAAAAGUCACUCGAUCCGGGCAAACGUAUGCGCAAGCUGCAAUGUCUGGGCUGAACCUUUCUCAAGUUCCAAAGAACCAAGAGAAUGGCCUUCAAGCAGGAGUGGCAAUUGGGAAUGAGAUUAAAGCUGAUUAUGAAGAGCACGACGCCAUUGUGAUCGCUUGUUGCAUGAUGCAGAUCAAGGCCAAGUUCGAUACUGACAAAGGUCUGAACUUCAUACAACAGUAUUACAUCAAUCAAGGACUGAAGAAGUUUGGUUAUGAUGGAAAGGAUGCUGUGGAUAAGGAAUUGAGACAAAUGCUCCUGAGAGAUUGUUUCACUCCCAAAUUUGUUAAAGACAUGACCGCGUCUGAGCGAAAGAAGGCCCAAUCAGCGAUGAUGUUACU